UGUCUCUUGUUAAUUUAAGAGAUUGAUCAAUACAUUAAGAUGAUGGUGAGGAACCAAACAUCCAUUUUCGCCUUCUGGGUUCUAUUUGCUCUUGUCAUUUGUGGAUCAUCACUAGCGCAAGAAGAUGAUCUUUCAACAGUGUCACCAGUGAAGGCGAACUGCAGCUACACAGUUAUUAUACAAACCACAUGUGCACAUGGUGCUGAAACAUCCAACAAUGUGAGCAUUAGAUUUGGAGAUAUAAAAUCAAAUGACAUUGUGGUGAAACAUUUGAACUCCAAACACAUGAGACAGGUUGAUCCGUUACAACCUGAUGUCUACGACGAGAAACUAAAAAAGCCUUUCCAAAUGUGCACUGUAGAUGAAUUUCGAGUUACCGGUCCCUGUGUUAAAUCACCUGUUUGUUACCUGUAUCUUAAAUCUAUGGGAGACGAUAAAUGGCGACCAGGUUUAGCACAAGUUCGUGUGUCUGGAGCAUCUCAUCUUUCGUCAACUGAGUUUUACUUUCGUCGUUAUCUUCCUCAGCAUGUAUGGCAUGGAAAGGACAGAUGCGACAAAGAGGUGACUCCCUUUGGUAUCAAACGCAAGAGGAAGUUCUUUCCAAGGCUAUGAACGUCAUAAAUUGGGAGCUUGAAAGGUAGGAUAUGGAUUUUGGUUCAAUGAAGCAUUUUAUGAAUAAACAUACUUCUCAUGUAAUUUGAUUGUUGGUGUUCGAUGGUUGCUCGUGUACUUAUAUACAAUUUAAAGUCGACUACUAUUUAAGCUUGGUGAUCUAUUGAGCAGCCAUGAAUCUGUAAUUAAUGAUGUCAAAGUUAAUACUUGAAUUUUCAACUUAUAUGUAAUUUUUGUUGAUAA